AUGAAUGCAACAACUGAACCAUCUGAUUUAUUACGAAUUGCAAAUGAUAAACUAAUUAUAAAUGCUUUACCGAAUAUCGUGAUCACAGUUCUGUAUCUUUUCCUUGGAAUAGUUGGGAAUACGGCUAUCAUCUACGUGUAUGCAUUUGCUACUAAAAGCAACAUAAACAACAAGUACUUUAUACUUGUUCUUGCCAUUGUAGACAUCAUAGCCUGUGUUAUUAACUGUGUGUUUACAGUUGUUCUUGAUUUCAUGCAACUAACAUUUACAAAUGCCGGGUUUUGUAAAUUGUUGCGGGUAUUGUGUCAUGUGACUGCUUUGAUGUCUGCAUUCAUACUGCUCGUGAUUGCUAUUCAGCGGUAUUUACUUGUGUGUCGUCCAUUAGGACGACAAAUGACACCGUGUCUGAGAAAAUUCUUUGUAGUUCUGUCAGUUAUAUUUUCAUCUAUUUUGGGGUUUCCUGCAGUGAUUUUCUAUGGCAUAGCUGAUGUGACGCAUCUAGGAACAAAUGGAACAGCUUGUAAAUAUAUCGACAAAGCAGUUGGAUCUCCUGAAUUAAAAAUCUACAAUACAAUAUUUAUGUUAACUUGUAUAGUGGGAAUAAUAGCUGUUUGCGUUUUGUAUUUUAAAGUUGUAAGAAGAAUACAUCAACAAAGAGACAAGUUUUCGAAAGGCAGAAAAAGCAGUAAAAACGAAAAAGACGAAUCAACCGAUUUUUCUACAAAUGAUUCUGAAAUGCAGUCAGAAUCCCGAUUAGUCGAUAUCAUAAACAAAGAAAAUGCGGAAGGAAGUGUAAAACGAAAAACUUCUUACAACCCCUUUGCUCGAUUUUCUAGCCGAUCAAACAAAAUUUCACAUACAGAAGGAACCAUGUUGACAAAUAAUGAAAUGCCUUCGGAAACAGGGCUAGAAUCUAAUAGUUCUAGAAGUUUGGACAGAAGCGCUAAAAGAAAAUUGUCCAUUAGUGCUACCGCAAAACAGCGUGUUCGGUCAAAAUCAAAGAAGAUCAAGGAGUCUUUAAAAUAUCAUCGUUUUUCAUUGAUGUUCAUCACUAUCACAGCCGUGUGCUUUGCAUCGUAUAUUCCUCUUCGAUCCCUUGAGCUAAUGGAAGUUCAGGAUAAAGACUUUAAAGAAAAGACAUUCGGAAACUUUCUGCCGUUAUACCGAUUUUUGUACACAUCAUACAUACUUAAUAACAUUGCUAAUCCAUUCAUUUACGGAUUGUUCGAUAAAGAAUUUCGAAAACGACUUUGUUGGAAAUAA